CAGAGAGCUCUGUUCCACAGAGAUGUCAUCCACGAGCAAACCCAGCUGGACACCAGCUGGAGGAAAGAAAGAGAUUUGAAGUGCAAUGAGAAAGCCAGAGCUCAAGUACCUGAGUCCAGUGUGGGAGAAGAUCGAGCCGUCCUCUUGGGCUUCACCAUGAUGACCUUGUCCAUCCUCAUGUACUUUCUGGUGGGAAUCGCAAUGGUGAAACCAUGUCUAGACAGUAACUGGACAGACUCCAACUGCACAUUGAUCAAGGCUGAUAUUCUGGAUGAAACAAUGGACUGCCGUGGCAUUGUUAGCUAUAAAUGUCUGCGUGUCUUUGUCAACGUCACAUCCCUUGAAAAAACAGUUCAACUUCACUAUGAUGAAGAGGCUGUGAGAUUCAACCCAAAGUGUUUUUACAGUCCGAAAUGCCAACGAAACAAGACCGAAGUACAGGCUGAGGCCAGUAACAUCAAAAAUGCUUUGUUGAGUACUCAGGGUGAAAACAUGAACUGCUAUCUCAAUCCUAAAUACCCAGAUGUCGCCCUCUUGAGGAGCAAAUACUCAGUGCGAAUGGCUUUGUAUUACCUGCUGUGGCCCAGCCUCAUUCUUUUUGGUGGUAUUCUCUUGGUGGGACUGGUGAAGGUCAACCAGCGUCUGGCUUACCUCUGUACUGAGAUCGCUAGAGAUGAGGUACUGGGCAAACAAAAUCAUCUCACAGAGGGGGCAAUCUACAGACUCUUACGGUGCAGGCCGGGAGGCACCAGCGAGCAGAAUGAUACAGUUUGCUGAAACACACUAUAAUAAUGUGCCUUUGCUUAUAUUGUUUGAUUGCAAUAACAUCAUCCAGUGCCAGAGUUAACAUUGUUGCCUUAUGUUGUAACUGCUGCCAUUGUUUUUUAUAUGUUCAUGUGCAAUUGUUUAUUAUUCACGAGGCUAACCACAUAUAGGCAAUUUAAAGCAGAUAUAUACUGGGUUAAGUUCAGCUUUAAAGUUAAAUCAAAACAUGCACUAUUUAUUCUCUUAAUACACAUUACUGGUUUUAUUCUGCAUGAUUCAUCAUUGCAUUUUAUUUAAAUAAAUAAGUUUGUCUUGUAAUCUUUCAUCAGAAUGUAAAAAACGCAGGCCAGUGAAUAAUGUUUCCAUUAUUUCCACAAUAGCCAGUUGGCCUAUUUAGGUUGCUUUAAAAUUGUUUUAGGCAAUGCAGCUUUUCGAAACUCUUGCCAGUUUUUAACACAGUUAUUUAAUGCAGGUAAUUUAACAAAGUUUGGUCAAAAUAGAAAACAACUUUAAAUUUGAACUUGACCUCUUUAAAAGUUUCAAGAAGGAAAAGUUUUACAAUCCACUGCAAACUUGCAGUCUGACUCUAUUCAGAAAACCCCUUUUUCCA